AUGAACGAUCGCGCCGUUCAAGCUUGGGAGAACACCGGGGCGAUUGACCCGCAGCUGGCGUCUCUGUUGUACAAUGGACGAAUCCCCGCCGAAAUUCGCCUACUCAUUCUCAAGCUCGCGCUCACAGACACUGUCGAUCAGGCAGUCACGACGAGUCACGAUUGUCGAAUGAAACAGUGCCACGAGGUCGAUCAAAAUCCAGACCUUGACGAUGGGGAGAGUGAU